AAACAGAUUAAUUCUUACCUCUAUAUGAAGCGCACCAUUGCAAAUUCUAAACAAGUUCUCUCCCUUGUACACUCUGUUUAAACCAUCAUGACGACUAGCAAAGAAAGAGAGAGGUCAAGGAAGGAAGCCACUUCAGCUGAGAAGCUAUUGGAAGUCAGAGAAGCAAUGAAAACGGUGAGGGAGAUAUCUCAACUGUUGAACACUGGUCUGGACGAUGAGACGCUGCGAGUGUGUGUACAGCUGCUGGAGGCCGGGGUGAACCCUGAGGCUCUGGCUACUGUGGUACAAGAGCUGAGAAGGGAGACAGGGAGAGUACAGAGAGAAGACAACAAGUCAAGAUAACACAGAACUCUGAACAUUUUAUGUACAAUAACCGCUUCUGUCAUGUUACGUUCUUACUUUAUGAACUUAUUUUUAACCUUUCAUGAUUCUGAACAGUUGCUGUUGCAAAUUGGAAUUAGAAGAUAA